AUGAGACUUCACAUUGAGGAGCCUGCCUCCAUCCUUUCUCAUCAACGUAUAACAAUAAGCAUGCCACAGUCAUUCGAGGAACGUCUCACUAAAGCCCUGCUACAGCCAUCCGAAGACCAUCCUGAAGUACGCAUCGGUAGCCGUUCUACCUUGGAGUCAUUGGUCACUCAUACCAGCAUACUACAUGAGGCUGACGUUGUCCACUUUGCCAAAGUCGGCUUCGAUGCAUCAGUCGGAACCCUCGCAAAGCAGCUUGGAUUUCAGGGAGACGUCGUCAAGACUGUUUACAGUCACCUCACUACCUAUGAGCAGACAGUGCAGGUUAUGGAAUCAAUGCAGCAAGCGGCUGAGGAACGUGCUGUUGCCGAGAUUUCGAGCAGAAAUGAAGAGAGUGAUGAUGAGGAGAGCGUGAAGGAGGAGAGCAGUGAUGAGGAGAGCGUGAAGGAGGAGAGCGUUUACCAGGAGAGCAUGAAGGAGGAGAGUGGUUGCGAACAGCACAAGGAUAUCAAAGAGGAGUAG